AUGGAAAAUAUACUAUUUUGGUUGGUAUUUUUCACCCCUGGGUGGACCCUCAUUGGUGGAUCUGAAAUGGAGCAGGAAUUCACAUGGCAUUUGAGAAAGAUACCCCAGAUUGUCAGUGAAAGGACUUUCCAUCUCACCAGCCCCGGGUUUGAGGCAGAUGGUAAGAUGAUGGUAAACACAGUGUGUGGUAUCGAAUGCCAGAAAGAACAGCCAGCUCCCAGCCUUUCAGAAUUGGAGGAGUCUCUUUCAUAUGAGACUGUUUUUGAGAAUGGCACCCGCACCUUAACCAGAGUCAAAGUUCAAGGUGUGCUCCUUGAGCCGACUGAAAAUGUCACCACGCAAGGCGCUCCUGUGAGAAGGAAGAGGCAGGUAUAUGGCACCGACAGCAGGUUCAGCAUCCUGGACAAAAGGUUCCUGACCAAUUUCCCUUUCAGUACCGCUGUGAAGCUCUCCACCGGCUGCAGUGGCAUUCUUGUGUCCCCCAAGCAUGUCCUAACAGCUGCCCACUGCAUCCACGAUGGGAAAGACUACAUCAAAGGGAGUAGAAAGCUGAGAGUGGGAUUGCUGAAGAUAAGAAAUAAAGGUGGGAACAAGAAACUCAGGAAUUCUAAACGGAGCAGAAGGGAAGCUAACAGUGGUGACCAAGGAGAAAGCACCAAUGAAGACCUGCAGAAGAGAGCCAAGGGUAGACGGAGAAGAAAGGAAUUGGGUCGAGGUCAGAGAGGGGCUGAUGGAAAACCCUCCUUCCAGUGGACCCGUGUCAAGAAUACGCACAUUCCAAAAGGCUGGGCAAGAGAAGGCGGAGACCCCAAUGUGGACUUUGACUAUGCUCUCCUGGAGCUGAAGCGGGCCCACAAGAAGAAAUACAUGGAAUUAGGAAUCAGUCCGACCAUCAGGAAGCUGCCUGGAGGAAUGAUCCACUUCUCAGGGUUUGAUAAUGACAGAGCUGAUCAGUUGGUCUACCGGUUCUGCAGCGUGGCUGAUGAAUCCAAUGAUCUCAUUUAUCAAUACUGCGAUGCUGAGUCAGGCUCCACCGGCUCUGGGGUCUAUCUGCGUUUGAAAGAACCAGACAAAAAGAACUGGAAACGCAAAAUCAUUGCGGUCUAUUCUGGUCACCAGUGGGUGGAUGUGCAGGGUGUUCAGAAAGACUACAAUGUUGCUGUCCGCAUCACCCCCCUCAAGUAUGCUCAGAUUUGCCUCUGGAUUCACGGAAAUGAUGCCAACUGUGCCUACGGCUAAGAGACACCCCAAAACAUGUCUCAUCUAAAUGGCAGAGAAAACCUAUUCAGAUCAUUAUAGCAAGAUUGCUUCAUAGUCCAUGCUUGGACACGAACCCUAUCGAUAGCAUUUCAACAAACUUACUUUUCUGAAAGUUAGAUUUUUCUACUUUUAACAACUGUUUAGUUAUAGACACUGAAGGUAGAUGAGCACUUCCAUGCCAAGUAUAUACUGUCCUUUCUUGGUAACAGGCUUCAGUUUUGGGAAAAUCUGUUUCCUUCUGUGUUUUUAAAGAGUAGAUAUUCUUCAUGACUUCAAGCUGGUACUAUAAAUAAUAAGUGAUUUCCUGUUGGACUUAUUCUCAGGGUCCUGUUCUAAAAAGAAUCUAAUAGGUUGUUGGUUAUGUGUUCAAUGUGAAACUGCCUAUAUACAGGUAGACAGCAAACGCAGUGAGAAUCAGGAUAGAGAUGAGGAUUUGCAUUGCAGACUCUGCCAUUUCCAGAUGGAGAAUUCAGCACAGGCCCUCGUUUCUUUGGCAUUUUCACUGGAUCUGAGAAACCUGGCUUGUUGUCUAAGAAUUAUAAAUCAGAAGAAAUAGCACACUUUGUAAACAAAAUGGCUAUUUUAAAAACAGGAAUUGCCAUGUGUAUUCUUUAGAAGUGGGAGAGACACAUUGUUAUAUGAAAAUCUAGUUUAGAAAUAGGGAAGCUGAGAUAGGUCUCAUGUUUUCUUAUUUGACACUCAAUAUAUGGACUUUGUAAGUAUGCACAGCGAACAGUCUACAGCUAUGAAAGGUCAUUUACUGAGGGCCACAUCAUUUUAUGCUGUACAUUCUAUGGUAUAUGUGGUGCUAUACUGUUAGGGUUAGGAAUUCUUUAACCCUUGUCAACAAAAAGUCUUUCUCCACUAAACAAGGUGCUUCAUAGGUCCACAGCCAGAUUAUUUUGGUAAAUUCUGAAUUGGUAAAUCAUUGAUAAAUCCUUUCCUUAAAGUGAAUAUAAUUCACAAAUAUGACCUUUAAAAGAAGGUUGUGAUCCUUUUCAUUGGGGACUAAGGCUGCAAACUCGCUGGCUGUGACAUGACCUGAACAGGGCCCAGUGGGCAUUCAGGACAAAGUUUCUGAAGAAAUAGAUAUACGCUGAGUGUUUGUAUAAGUGGAGUUCAGUCAGGACACUCUGUGUGAAGGGUUUUACUUAUCUGGGGUCAACUGCAUCCUAAAAUUCAAGCAUGGGAGGCCUGGCCUGAAUUUUAAUCCGCUCUUCCUGGUAGUUUCUUGGGUUGCAUUCUCCUCUUUCAUGUCACACUCAAAUCCCUGUUCCCAUCAGGAUUCAAAAUUACUUUCCUUAUUACUUUUAAUAAUUAGGAGUUAUAUUUUUUACUAAUAUGCAUAUGACUGUUUUAUAACAUCAUAAGUAAUUUUGUAAAUGGUGUCCUAAAUAGCUCAAAUUUAAUAUAAGUGCACACUCUUUUGUAAUGUGAAUCUGUUAAAAUUCAAUAAAAAAUAAAAUAAGCGAAUUAGUCACUCUUUAUCUGUAUAUGUAUUUUGAUUGGAAGGUUUCAGCAAGCAAUAAAUUAAUUGUUCUUUACUUUUAAAAAAAA